AUGAUCAACAGUUAUUUGAACAAAUUCAUUUCCAAAUUUUAUAAGCAAUCUGUACCAUCAACUCAAAUACGAUUGUUUUCGGUGAUUGAUGUUGUGGUGUCGUCUUUGCGUAUUGAUCGUUUACUGGCUACUGGUCUUGGAACUGGAAGAAACAAAAUCGAGUUAAGUUUGCUGAGCGGAUGCGUUAAACUUAACGGAAAAACAGUAAUAGAUAAGAGUGUUGAGGUUAAAAAAGGAGAUAUAAUUGAUCGUAUUUCCCAGGAAAAUAGUACUGAAGAAAAGUACGUCUUGGCUCGAGUUCAAUUGCAAGAAAUCGGUGAAAAAACAAAUAAAGGCAAUAUAAAAGUUCGUUUGAUGAGAUCUAAGUAUAUUGUAAUAGAGAAAUUAAACUACCAAUCAUCUAUACAAAUUGAAAGCCGUGAAUAA